AUGGGGAAGCGCUUGAGGAAACCGAGAUCGAUCUGCGGCUGCAUCUCUCCCAGAACAUCGUUCAGUAAAUUUCACUCGGUUUUCAGCUGGUAUGAAGUGGAUACGUGGACAGAGAUCGCCAAGUUCUUGGAUGGUAGAUCUCUAGUGAUGCUUGCAGUGACUUGCAAAUGGUUUAAUCAUGUUGUGAUGGAAGACAGCGUGUGGAAGUAUGCAUGUUUGCGUGAUCUUCAGGUUCCUGACCCUGGAAAAGCAACAUGCAACUGGAACAAACUCUAUGCGUCAGCUUUUGAUGGAAGCCACUCUUACUUGUUCCGUCAGCCGGAGAAGCAUAUUGAUUGGAUGCGGAUUGGAGCAUUCUCGUUUGACUCAUCUGUUGCCCUGCUGACUGAGAGCUUAAUUGCACCCCUCAGAAUUCCCAAAGCAGAUACGAAAGAUCAAAUGUUGCAGCAAAGUGGCUGCUGUCUGUUAAACAAUGUCAAAACUGGAAUCUGGAUUGCAGACUUGCAGCUUGUACGGUGUCCUGUUUGCGACCUUGAUACAUGUGAUGGAACAAUGCAAACCUUGGAUGCAAGGCAUAUUGAACUCUUCCUAUGUGAGGGAUUUCAAGAUGGUAGCUGGGAUUAUGAAGUAUUAGGAACGUAUAAUAUCAGCAAGCAUGCUAAUGGUGCUUCUGGUGGAAUUUUUGACAUUAAGCAUCUCAAGGAUAGAUCGACCUCCGCUAUCUUCAAUCUUAAAUCAUGGGUGGGACAACCGAAGGACUGGCAACCAAAAGCUAUGAUUACCCUCCAUGCGGUUGCAGUGAACACCAAUUUGCAAGAGAAUGAAGAGGAUGCGAAGCGAAAGGAGGUGUUUUGUGGGUUUGAGAACAGCACGAGUGAUAGGAUUUUGUGUUUCCUGAUCCUCGAACAGAACUCGGAAGCAUGGCUGCUCGGCAUAUGGCCGCCAUGCAAAUGCCACAGCAGGCAGCAGCACCAGGGUCUGGCACUGGACGGGUCCACUAUAGAGUCAUACGAGAUGGUUGUUGUAGGCGAGAGCCGACACCUGCCACCAGGGCCCAAUGGUGCCACGUCCGACCAGCCACCGUCCGACAGACACCGUCUCUACUCUCGCCUCUCCUCCGACGCAAGGGCUCGACGCCUCGGUUCAAAGGCUUCGCGGUUCGCGCCUCGCCUCGACGCCCUGUCUCCCAGACACGCCUCCGACGCCCCGCUACCUCGACGUCCAGCCGCCUCGACGCCUCACCGCUUCGAAAAACUCUGGUACAAGAAGCAAUCUGAAGGGGUCCUUAUGGUGCGAGAAAGCUCACGGAGGCUCAACCGGUUUAUGAAAGCCUACAGAACAAUUGCCAAGUAA